AUGACCGGCGUCGCCGCGAUCCUCUUUUUCCUGCAGCUCUUAGCCAGGGCGGACGGACAGGUUUUCCCAGGUGGCUGUUCAUUCGAUGAGCACUACAGUAAUUGUGGUUAUAGCGUCGCCUUGGGAACCAAUGGAUUUACCUGGGAGCAGAUCAAUACCUGGGAAAAGCCAACAAUGGAUCCUGCUGUCCCAACUGGCUCCUUCAUGAUGGUGAACAGCUCAGGGCGAGCAUCGGGGCAGAAGGCUCACCUGCUGCUGCCCACGCUGAAGGAGAACGACACGCACUGCAUCGACUUCCACUAUUACCUGUCCAGCCGGGACCGCUCCAGCCCCGGCUCCCUCAACGUCUACGUCAAGGUCAACGGGGGCCCCCAGGGCAACCCCAUCUGGAACGUGUCAGGAGUGGUGACCGAAGGCUGGGUGAAGGCAGAGCUGGCCAUCAGCACCUUCUGGCCACAUUUUUAUCAGGUGAUAUUUGAAUCUGUCUCUUUGAAAGGACACCCCGGGUACAUAGCUGUGGAUGAAGUCAGAGUUCUCGCCCAUCCCUGCAGAAAAGCCCCUCAUUUCCUGCGGCUGCAGAACGUGGAGGUGAACGUGGGGCAGAACGCAACCUUCCAGUGCAUCGCUGGGGGAAAGUGGUCACAGCAUGACAAGCUUUGGCUCCAGCAGUGGAAUGGGAGGGACACAGCCCUGAUGGUCACUCGAGUGGUCAACCACAGGCGUUUCUCAGCCACGGUCAGCGUGGCCGACACGUCUCAGCGCAGCAUCAGCAAGUACCGCUGCGUCAUCCGCUCCGACGGCGGCUCCGGCGUCUCCAACUACGCCGAGCUCAUCGUGAAAGCUGGCAGGUGUGUGUGCCAGCCACAGCCGGUGCGCAGCUGCAGCGAGCGCCGCGCCGUGCCAGGCCCGCCUGGAGCAGCCCUGGCUCCUCCGAGAACGAGGAGUGAAGGAGCGCCCAGCUCUGAACGUGAUUGGUCGGAUUCAAACCCAAACGGGGCACCCCAGCCAAUCAAUCCCUCCAUGCCGGCAAUGCGCCCGCGCCAUUGGCCAGCGAGCUGGGCGGAGCUAAGGCCGCGACCAAUGGCGUGCGAGAGCGGGAAAUUGAAAGGCGCUGUGCCAGAGAGCCACCCCGUGCACGGGCCACAGAACGUGGAGGUGGUUGACAUCCGCUCGCGGCAGCUGACGCUGCAGUGGGAGCCCUUCGGCUACGCCGUGACGCGCUGCCACAGCUACAACCUCACCGUGCACUACCAGUACGUCUUCAACCAGCAGAAAUUCGAGGCGGAGGAGCUCAUCCAAACUUCUUCCCACUACACCCUGCGCGGGCUCCGGCCCUUCAUGACCAUCAGGCUGAGGCUGGCCCUUUCCAACCCCGAGGGCAAAAUGGAAAGCGAGGAGCUGGUGGUGCAGACUGAGGAGGAUGUUCCUGGACCCGUUCCCUUGGAAUCUAUCCAAGGAGGACCUUUUGAAGAGAAGAUCUACAUUCAGUGGAAGCCUCCAAAUGAAACAAACGGCAUCAUUACACUCUAUGAGAUCACCUACAAGGCUGUUGGGUCUCUGGAUCCCAGUGCCGACCUGUCCAGCCAAAGAGGGAAAGUCUUCAAGCUGCGGAAUGAAACCCAUCACCUUUUUGUAGGAUUGUACCCAGGCACCACCUACUCAUUCACCAUCAAAGCCAGCACAGUCAAGGGCUUUGGGCCACCCAUCACCACAAGGAUUGCAACUAAAAUUUCAGCGCCGUCCAUGCCGGAGUACGACACGGACUCUCCCCUCAACGAGACUGACACCACCAUCACGGUCAUGCUGAAGCCUGCUCAGUCCCGGGGAGCACCUGUCAGUGUCUACCAGCUUGUUGUCAAGGAGGAGAAGCUGCAGAAAGCCCGGAGAGCUGCAGACAUCAUUGAGUGCUUCUCAGUGCCAGUGAGCUACAAGAAUGCCUCCAGUCUGGACUCCCCCCACUACUUUGCAGCUGAGCUGAAGCCCAUCAACCUUCCUGUCACACAGCCCUUCACCGUGGGUGACAACAAGACCUACAAUGGCUACUGGAAUGCUCCUCUUUCCCCCCUGAAAAGCUACAGCAUAUACUUCCAGGCUCUUAGCAAGGCCAAUGGAGAAACAAAAAUCAACUGUGUCCGGCUGGCAACAAAAGCAGUGCUAGGUAAACAAGAGGUGACCACGCGAAACCCACCCAGCUUCUUGAGCACAGGAGCUUCCACCCAGAAUUCCAAUGCAGUGGAACCUGAAAAGCAAGUUGACAGCACGGUGAAAAUGGCUGGAGUUAUAGCUGGUCUCCUGAUGUUUGUUAUUAUCCUCUUGGGAGCAAUGCUUACCAUCAAAAGAAGAAGAAAUGCAUAUUCCUAUUCCUACUACUUGCAUUCAAGCCAAUGUUUUAGGGGCCUCUCUGUCUUCUACAGGACCAGGAAGCUAGCCAAGAAGCAGAAGGAGACUCAGACCAGCACACAGAGGGAGAUGGGUCCUGUGGCUACUUCUGACAAGACCUCCACCAAACUCAGUGCUGUUCACAAUGAAGAAGCUUUUUCUUCCAGCUGCCAAGAUGUUAAUGGAUUCACAUCACCCUCUCCUUGUUCAUUUUCUGUCCAAAGCAAAACCCUUCAGAGCAAAUCUAUGUUGAAUUCCUACUACUCAGUUUCAUCAGACACCGUCCCAUCGACCACGCUGUUAGACAGCAGCCACGGCGAGCUGGCCCAGCCGACGCUGACCAUCCAGACGCACCCGUACCGCAGCUGCGAGCCCGUGGAGAUGUCCUACCCCAGGGGACAGUUCCAGCCCGCCAUCCGAGUGGCAGACCUGCUGCAGCACAUCACCCAGAUGAAGAGGGGACAGGGCUAUGGCUUCAAGGAGGAGUAUGAGGCACUCCCCGAGGGGCAGACGGCGUCCUGGGAUACGGCCAAGGAAGACGAGAACCGCAACAAGAACAGAUAUGGGAACAUAAUCUCCUAUGAUCACUCAAGAGUGAGGUUGCAGCUGCUGGAUGGGGACCCUCACUCUGACUACAUCAACGCCAAUUACAUCGACGGGUACCAUCGGCCUCGCCAUUACAUUGCAACUCAAGGGCCGAUGCAAGAGACAGUGAAGGAUUUCUGGAGAAUGAUUUGGCAAGAAAACUCAGCAAGUGUUGUCAUGGUCACCAACCUGGUGGAGGUGGGCAGGGUGAAGUGUGUUCGAUACUGGCCAGAUGACACAGAAGUCUAUGGAGAUAUUAAAGUCACAUUAAUUGAGACAGAGCCAUUGGCAGAGUAUGUCAUACGUACCUUCACUGUCCAAAAGAAAGGCUACCAUGAGAUCCGGGAGAUUCGGCAGUUCCACUUCACCAGCUGGCCGGACCACGGCGUCCCCUGCUACGCCACGGGGCUCCUGGGCUUCGUCCGCCAGGUGAAGUUCCUCAACCCCCCCGAGGCAGGACCCAUCGUGGUGCACUGCAGUGCUGGGGCUGGCAGGACAGGGUGCUUUAUUGCCAUUGACAUCAUGCUGGACAUGGCAGAGAACGAGGGCGUGGUGGAUAUAUUCAACUGUGUUCGAGAGCUGCGCUCCCAAAGGGUCAAUCUGGUGCAGACAGAGGAGCAGUACGUGUUUGUCCAUGAUGCCAUUUUGGAGGCAUGUCUCUGUGGCAACACGGCCAUUCCAGUCUGUGAGUUCAGAUCCAUAUAUUACAACAUCAGCAGACUGGAUCCACAGACCAAUUCCAGCCAGAUAAAAGAUGAGUUUCAGACCCUGAACAUCGUGACACCGCGGGUGCGGCCGGAGGACUGCAGCAUCGGGCUGCUGCCCCGAAACCACGACAAGAACCGCUGCAUGGACGUGCUGCCCCUGGACCGCUGCCUGCCCUUCCUCAUCUCCGUGGAUGGAGAGUCCAGCAACUACAUCAAUGCUGCCCUCAUGGAUAGCCACAAGCAACCUGCUGCCUUCAUUGUCACCCAGCACCCCUUGCCCAACACCAUCGCAGACUUUUGGAGGCUGGUGUUUGAUUACAACUGCUCCUCCGUGGUGAUGCUCAAUGAGAUGGAUGCAGCACAGCUCUGUAUGCAGUACUGGCCAGAGAAGACGUCCUGUUGUUAUGGCCCAAUCCAAGUGGAGUUUGUUUCAGCAGACAUUGAUGAAGAUAUCAUCAACCGGAUAUUCCGGAUUUGCAACAUGGCCAGGCCGCAGGACGGGUAUCGCAUCGUGCAGCACCUGCAGUACAUCGGCUGGCCCGCCUACAGGGACACCCCUCCCUCCAAACGCUCCCUGCUCAAGGUGGUCAGGAGGCUGGAGAAGUGGCAGGAGCAGUACGAUGGCAGAGACGGGCGCACUGUGGUCCACUGCCUGAAUGGUGGAGGACGCAGCGGCACCUUCUGUGCCAUCUGCAGUGUGUGUGAAAUGAUCCAACAGCAGAACAUCAUUGAUGUGUUCCACAUAGUGAAAACCCUACGGAAUAACAAAUCCAACAUGGUGGAGUCACUGGAGCAGUAUAAAUUUGUAUACGAGGUUGCACUGGAAUACUUGAGUUCCUUUUAG